AUGGCUUCUGAUCUUGCUGUGAGCAAGGAGGGUCUGUCAAUCCCUCUUAUUGAUUUCUCCCGCUUCCUUACCGGGUCCCCUUCAGAACGUAAUGAUACUGCAAAUGCUAUUCUCCACGGUUUCAAAACCGCUGGCUUCAUCUACCUCAAGAACCAUCCCAUAUCCCCAGAAGAUCUAAAACAUGCAUUCGAUCUGUCUGCCCGCUGGUUCGACCAACCUGAUGAGACUAAGAUGAAAGUCGUCUGGACAACACCAGAAGCCAACAGAGGCUACUCAGCUCCUGGUCGAGAGAAAGUUACUCAACUCAUGGACACAGCCGAAGUUGAGAAAGUGCGCGCUGCUUUGCCAGAUAUAAAAGAGAGUCUUGAGGUUGGUCGUGAAAACGAAGCUGGACAUCCAAACCAGUGGCUUGAAGAGAGUGGCGACAUGGUAGGCUUUCGAAAGGAUAUGCUUGGGUUCUUUGAGCAGUGUCGUCAGUUGCAUGUUGAGGUUAUGAAAGCUAUCGCCGUGGGUAUGGGACUUGACGAUAGUUUCUUUGAUGGGUUUGUUGAUGUUGGGGAUAAUACACUGAGGCUGUUGCAUUAUCCUGCUGUUCAGUCUAAUGUUUUCAAGAUGAAUCCAGGUACUGUCAGAGCUGGAGAGCAUAGUGACUAUGGUUCAAUCACUCUACUAUUUCAAGAUGCUCGAGGUGGACUACAAGUCAAAAGCCCAACAGGCCAUUUCGUCGAUGCAACGCCGAUCGAAGGAACAGUAGUUGUUAAUGCUGGUGAUCUGCUCGCUAGAUGGAGCAAUGAUAUGAUCAAGAGCACUAUUCACAGAGUCGUCGAGCCUCCUCAGAAAGAGGCUGAGUCUUACCCACCUCGCUACAGUAUUGCAUACUUUUGUAAUCCCAACUUCAAGAGCUUUAUCGAGGCUAUUCCGGGGACUUUCGAAACGGAGAAGGAUAAGAAGUAUGAGGGUAUCAACAGUGGUGAUUAUCUUGUUCAAAGAUUGACUGCUACGUACUGA